AUGGCCUGCUCCUUCCAUUGCUCUUUCAACACUUACUUCUUUACGGACGAUCAGUGCAAGCAGUGCAACGCUUCCUGCGCACUGGGGACGCAGUUCCAGGGGUGCAACCCGGACGGGACGCCGAUCUGUACGACCUGCACUCAGAGCCUGCCGGUUCAUUCCGAGUGGGAGAAGAACCUCUGUGUUCACAAGUGUGAUCCGGGGUACUACGCCUUCAAUUCUUCCCUCUGCCUCCCUUGUGAUACGUCGCCGUGCCCCGUGGGAGAGUACAGGGAUACGUGCCAGGCGGUGGUCGGGGCGGUAUGCCAGCAGUGUACCACCAAGAGGUCUACGAUGGGGGCCUACCAGAGCUACGAGGCUUUCAUCACACCGGGCGUUCCGUUCGACGUUGAUAAUUGCAAGACAGAGUGUGUUGCAGGCGCUUUCCGCCAUGGCCCGAACUGCUUCCCCUGCCGGCAGGCCCCCUUCGCUUCCUGGGAGCUUCUCGACCCCGUGCCGCACUGGACGUUGGCUUGCACCCGGGUUCAGGAUGCCAAGGCGAUGCCCUGCACGAGUUUGAAGAAUGGGAGGUACACGGGUUACGCGACGGCCCUGGACCGGGAUUGUCCAGCGGUAUGCAACCCGGGGUAUUACCUGGAACGGGUGCCGACAGGGUUCCAGGUGCCCUAUUGGGAGCUCGGGACUCAGCCGGGCAACCAGACGUCGAUGACAGUGUAUGUGAAUAUUUCGAGGUGCAUCCCCUGCAUGUCAUCGCCGCUCACCAACGGUGCAUACACGGACGCUUGCAAUUACGUCUGUGACAAGGAUUAUGUGAAGGACCCCAACGCUUCGAUGCCCUACCGUUGCCUCUACUGUCCCGGGCAGGCCUGCAGCAGCGGGGAGUACCAGAGUGGAUGCGGGGCUUCGGCCGCCUGCAAGGCGUGCGACCCACUGUCAGACCCUCAUCGGACCUACACCGGGCAGGGGUAUUACAUGGACCCCGCAUCUUGCCCUGAGCAGUGUGCGAGCGGGUACUGGGCCGCUUCCACCGCUGUGAACUGCACGGCCUGCACGGCAGAAGCCUCGCUGAACUGCUCGCUUGCCACCCACUUUGUCAGGAGGUGCGCGCCAACGUCCGACGCCAAGUGUCUGCCCUGCACCGCCUCAUGCGAUCGCAAAUCUGCAGUGUGCCCGCUGCCUCAACCCAUUGCCUACCAACGCGCGUAUAACUCAACAUACUGUGGAUAUUGCAACCCGAACCGGGUCUGUGGUGUCGGCACUUACAUGGACGCUUGCCAGAGCUCGAAUGGCUUUACUGGAUGUUCCCCUUGCAGGAAUGGCCUUGCGCAGAACAGCACGGUGAUCUACAUGACGGCGGGCGACCCGUACUCGCCCUACUCCUGCUCGUGGAAGUGCGCCACGGGUUACACCCUCGGUCGGAACUCGAGCGGUGGUCUGGCCUGCCUUCCACCGGUGAACUAUAUCAUGCCGACGCCCGCCCCCCUCCAGACGCCGUCAUCCUACUGCCCCCCAGGCCAGUUCCUGACGAACCAGCUCACCUGCCAGGCCUGCAGUGACGUGCUUCCAUCCAAGUACGCGACUUGGACAACGGGAUGCAGCUGGAUAUGCACCGGCGGUCGCAUCGCCGUGCAGCAUCCCAUCCAGAAGUGGUACACCUGCAUGCUGUACUCGGAUUACCAGGCAAUUGCUCUCAAUCCAAGGCGCGUGAUGGUCCAGAGCCCCUUCAACGACACCUACAGGCCUCACGUGGUCGGGUACAGCCAGCAGGCCUCUGGGAUUGCCGCGGCGGGGUUUGCCUGCAUCGUGGGCUUCAUCGGCAUGGGGCUCCUUUGUUGUAGGUACAAGUGA